AAUUAAUUAAGCUAAGCUAUUCAAAUUCAACAAAGCUGUGUUGAAUUCGAGGCAAGGGUUAGGUGUGAUCAGUCAAACGCAUCACGCAGUGGUAUGAACACAGCACACACAAUUUCACUAUUCAUUUCCUCAUCCAAAAAUGGCUUCCCAUCUCUCUAAACCCCAAACAUUCCCACCCUUUUCGUUUUUCAUCUCCAUUUCUCUCACAGAUCUCCCAUGGCGAAACCCUCCAGCCAUCUCCCCAGCUUAGCCCCUCCUGAUCCUGAUUCAGUGGCUAAUCCCCCCACAUGCCCGAAGCUUGAAUCUGCCAUGGCUGCCGCUGCGGCUCCUAAGAGUGCAAACCCAUCUCCCCUUAUGGCUGUUUCUUCUAUGAUCAAAUCAAAACCCCACCUCCAGAAAUUUGCUAAUGAAGAGAAGGAAUUGAAAGGGCUUCAAAAGGGGCAUCGCCCUGACAGUAUGAGACCAACAGUGUCCUUACUUCGAAAGGGUGGAAGAACAAAGUCCUUUGCAGCUUCCCAAGUUGAAUUGGCUGAUAUCUUUGCAAAGAACGGCAUGAAAGUGGUAUCAGUUGACAUGCCACCGGCUAUGCAGAUUCAUGCAGUGGAUUAUGCAAGAAAAGCUCAUGACAGUAUGGAGAAAUUCACUUCCAAGGCUCUUGCUCUGUCUCUCAAGAGGGAGUUUGAUGGGGCCUAUGGCCCGGUCUGGCACUGCAUCGUGGGGACAAGUUUUGGGUCCUUUGUGACUCAUUCAGUUGGUGGGUUCUUGUAUCUAGCAAUGGACCAAAAGCUGUAUGUUCUAUUGUUCAAAACCUCUGUACAAAGAGCUGAUUGAAGUAGAUGGCCAAGGUAAAAGAGACUGUUCAUCCUAAUACUUGUACAUUUGUUCUGAUAAGAAACACAGUAGCCAUACAGUAUAUUCCUCCUAUAAUAUGUUUAGGGAUGUCUUAUGAGCUGUUGAUAGAGCAAUUUUCAUAGCAAUUAUUGAGGUUUAGUGAUGGAAUAACCCUUUUCUUUACGGCUCAAAUACCGUAUUUGGAGUGU